UAGUGGAAUUUCCACUAAAAAUCAAUCAUCAUCUUCAUCAUUUUUCGAGCAUUUAUAAUUGAUUUUCAACUCAAUCGGACUAAACUAUCAAUUGUUUAAGCCCUGCUUCCCCAAAAAAUAGAAACAUGACAACGUGUAUAAUUCUAAUAUCAUCUACCCGGCGACUCAUGCGCUUUUCGGAGUCGUCUAAUAUUUCAGUUCCCCUAAGAAAAAACAGGAAUUAUUACAAUAAUCAAAAAUUCCACAGUUGAUAUGAGGAAUUUAUGCCAAAUAAAGAUUUUCGAAGGGAAAUGCAAUGAUUUUUUGGGAUUCUCUGAGGUUUUUGUGGAUUAAAUUGAGUUUUUAGAUUUUUAUUAUUUUGGAUUUACUCAUAAAUUUCGCUGGGGUAGGUUAUAAGGAUUUUUAGAUUUUCAGGACGCAACAGACACUGCUACUUCACAAACACCUGUUGUGUACAAACAUAACCUCCAGAAGCUCCUGUUGACACCAAAAAUGCACCUGCGGACAUGAAUUACGAAGACUGAAUCGUUUCUCUAGAUUUAGGACAGAUGAAGGGUUAAUUAUGUUCGCUUUGUUGGGUGACAUCAAGCUCUGGAGCUGCGAUGAUAAUAUUGAUAUCCAGGACACCGAUUUCGGAGCAUUCAGGUACAAUGACAGAAAGACUGAUGGCCUUUACGACGAGGGAAAGAGGUCAUACUGCAACAAUCGGGGGAUUAUUCAUACUCCAGUUAAUAAAAAAGGAAAAAAAUUGAAGGACGGACUAAAAUAUUUGGAGGAACAACUGAGGGAUCACUCGAUAAUUUACUCCGAGUGGCACGACCAGAAUGCCCUAGAGCUGAUGCUCAACACCGGUUUACUGAUCUUCAUUCAAAUAAAAAUUCCAACUGGUGACAUCGAUAGAAUCGGAUUUGACAAGUACCUAGUGGGAAAGGUCCCAGACCACCUCUCAGAUGCUGUCAUCACGAGGGAGAAUCUAGUUUGCACUCAGAACGACAGUCAAGUCACAAUUUUACACUUUACGAAGUCUAAGAGGCAGGGUUUCGAGAAGAUCAGUAAAUUAGAGCCCAAACUGGUGACUGUGGAGCUCUCUGGACCCAGUGGGAGGAGAAUCGAGAAGAAAAUUCGAGUCAAUCGAACUGGAGAUUUAAUCUUAAUCUGGUGGAAAUCGACGAGCAACGAGGUCUAUCCAUGGAGUCCAGCGAUGAAGGAGCACGACAGAGCAAAUGUUCAUCUCUAUCGUCUCAGGGGUGUCAAGUUCGAAUUGCUGUGCUACAUCAAGACUGAAUUCGAUCCUCUGUGCGUUAUUUUCAACUCGAGACAGGAAAAUGUUCUGCAUUCUGUCGAGCAGAAAGUGUCCAGGAAGGGGGAAGUUACGAUCGAAUGGCAGACGUAUCAAGUGUCCCAACAAGAUAAACUGCAGAGGAUUGAAGUGGUCUCGAUUCCCCUCCCGACGCACACAAGCUGCUCUAGAUUCUCACCAAAUCAGGAUAUGCUCCUGCUCUGUUGUAUUGAUGGAUCCAUCACCCUCCAUGAUCACACGAAGGGGACUAACGCCAGUGUGAAAGCGGGAUUUAUACCAACAUUGGCAUCUUGGCACAGUGACAGCUUUAUAUUCACGGUGGGAAACGAGAGGGGACAGUGUCAGCACUACGACAUCUCCCUCUCCUGCAUCAAAACCCAAAUGUUGAAUGAAGAAUCGACUCAAUCAAAUAUACUCGAUUUCUCCUCGUACUUCCGAAGUCAACCAGCACUCCUGCAAAUAUCCUGGAGCAAGAAACUUGACGACGAGAUUUAUUACAACGAUCGAUACAAAAAUAGAGACUCUCUACUUCUUCUUUCGUUUGAGAGGGGUCCUCUGGGUGUCAUGAGGAUCGUUGGAGGCAGUAAUUUAACAGGAGAUGUCCUAGUCUUCAAAUACCUCAACUUAUCCUCGCCAGAUCGUGCAACUUCUCUUCUCUUAUCCAUGAACUGGGACAGCCAUUCCAGGAUUUGCAUGCACUCGUUGAAUCAAAUCCUGAAUCAUCUCUUUAAACUUCGAUUGGUGCCGGAACGUGAGAGUUUGAUUCAGGAUGCACUGGGGAGUUUUCACGUCCCAGUGCGUCCGAUAAGUCAAGCUGUGGAGGACGAGUAUGGGGAUGAGAUCAGGGACCUCACGAGGAGAUUUUUCCAUCACUUGAUGCGUUAUAAAUUAUUCGAGAAAGCUUUUAGACUGGCGAUCGAUCUAAAUGAUCACGAUUUGUUCAUGGACAUUCAUUAUUACGCACUCGUUGUCAAUGAUCUUGAGAUGGCGAGGGCUGCCAAGGAGAAGGCUGAACUGGUGCUGAGUAGAUCGAAUAGUUGUGCUAGUUCACAUUCCACUUGCUCAAGGCCAUCAUGCUCCCUCUGUUCAGACUCGCCGAGUGACAACGAGAGUGAGUCCUACACCGAUGAAAGUGGCAGUGACUCCCCCUGCAGAAGAUCAAAAAAGUUCACAAAAACCCCAAGCCUCUCCCAAAUUCCCCCUCUCCCAAUAAUCACCCCAGGCGCCUUCACCCCUGUUCCCCAGAUCUCCACCUCCUUCAACGAUCCCCCCUCCCCCCAGACAUACCUCAACAUCCCCUCGAACCCCUUCGACUACAAAUUCCGAGAGAUCAAUCCCACGUCAGUCUCUCAGAGCAAAAGUCAUUUUUCGAGGAUGUCGACUUCCUCUACUCCUCCGAGCAAAAACAACUUCUCCAGGAUGUCCACGUCAUUCGGGAAUCUGAAGAUCAGUGAGCUUCAGGGUAUCAGGGACCCCACCUUCAGGAGAGCAUUCUCCAACGAUCGAUUCUUCCCAUCUGAGCCCCAGAUAACUGAUAAAACUGGCUCGACACUGGAGGAAGUUAUCUCUGUAGACAUUCCCAAUUCCAUUGAGUACUCUUUCAUGAGCAUCGAUACGAACCUCACGAGUACGUCCUUCAUUUCUGAGGAUAAUUGCUCCUCAAAUGUUCCCAACUCUACGAUAGCUGAAGAGGAAGAACCAAAAAAUCCUGGGAAAAGCCAAGAGUCAGUGCACCUCUUCAACUCUGAAAACCUCGUAUCGACCUCCUUCAACGAGGACCCAGACGACGAAAACCCCGAGGACGACGAUCACUCCGAGAAGGACACAAGUGCCACCAGCAUCGAGGUGCCCCCACCCCCAGAGAUGACCUCAUCCCUCGCGAAUUACCUCAACAGUCUCCCCAUGAAGAACCUCCCCAUCUCCAGGAGCACCCCAGGCCUCUCCGACAUCGACGAACUCAUCAGGUUCUCGACCCGGGGGACCCGGGGUAUCCAGACCCAGUCGUCAGUCUCUGCAAUUCUCCAGAGCAGGGGGAGAAACAAUUUCGGGGGGAGUGGGACCUACAGAUUUAAUUACGAUCUCGGGGAUGAGGCCAUGUUCUCUGGGAGUUGUGAGGACCUCAGAAGGGGCGAGGGCCAGGUCUUCGGGGGGUAUCUGAAGGAAAGGGGGAGAGGGGAGAGAACAGAGAGGAGAACUAAGGCCGAUGGCAACUCCAAUGUCCCCCCUCUUCCUGUGGUGGGCGGCAAGGGGGUGGAGGGGUUCGGAGAGAGGCCCAAGGUCAAAUUCUCCAACACUGUGACACACAUCCUAGUGCCCGGAAGUGGACAGGGUUAUAGACCCCUGCAACGUCCAGUGACUAAGCUCCACCCCAUGGACCCCAAGAGGGAACUAGCAGAGAGUCUCCCGCUCUGCCUAGGAAACGAGGACUACCUUAAGGACUUCCAACCCCUCUCAAAAGACUCUGGGGCUGAGGAGAAACCGAAAGAGCCAGUGAAGACAGAGGAAGCAGCGAAAAUCAAAGUCGUUCACUUCGGACUGUUAUAAAACCCCAAUUAACGAAUUAAUUAUGGUUAAUUAAUUGUCAUUAUCGAAUUCCGUCCAAAACUGAGAGAUUGUUCCAGAUAUUUUUUAUACUUUUAUGUGGAAAAUUAAUAAAUUUUCCGACUUUUUAAUCAA